UGCCGCCUCCGGCCCAGGAAACGAACCAUCCUACUCAACGCGAGGGGAAACCUUGCCAGAUCCAGGACACUGGUGUUACCAGUCACAGGUUAAGGCUGAAUCUUGUCAAGGGCCCUGGGAGUGGGCGCAGCUCUCGGACACCCAGUGCAACGGCUCCGAACAGUCGCCCAUCAAUAUCUUAACGGCCCAGGUCAAGUACAACGCCUCUCUGGGGCCCUUCUCCUUCCACGACUAUGACAAGGAGCAGAAAUGGACUCUCAAGAACAACGGGCACUCGGUGGAAGUGACGUUCGAAGACCCGCUCGGGCUGUCGGGCGGGGGUCUGCAGGGGACCUACAAGGCCGUCCAGUUCCACCUGCACUGGUCAGACUCGGUGGAGCGGGGCUCAGAGCACACUCUGGAUGGGGACAGCUUUGCCAUGGAGAUACACAUCGUCCACAUCAAGGAGAAAUUCCAAAACCUGGCAGAAGCGUCGGCGGGGGAUGACCGGGAGGGUAUUGCCGUGCUGGGCUUCCUGGUCAAGAAUGGGUCUGAAAACCCCGCCUUCAGAAACGUAAUCAACUUGCUGACGAAGAUCCAGGAGAAGGACGAGUCGUCCACGCUGCCCAAGGCCCGCCUGUCCGACCUCCUCCCCAGCACGGACAAGCUGAAAAGAUACUUCCGCUACCUGGGCUCCCUGACCACGCCCGACUGUCAGGAGAAGGUGAUCUGGACCCUAUUCAAGGAGCCGAUACAGCUCGACGAGAAUCAGAUCACCACCUUCUCCAAGACGCUCUUCUAUGACAAUAAGAAAACAACGUCCAUGAAGGACAAUUUCCGGCCCGUGCAGAUCCGGGGGCAGCGCAAGGUGCAGGACUCAGGGGCCGGGUCCCUGCUCCCCUCAGCCCGGGCCGUGACCCUGGCACCCGCCCUCGCCGGCCUCUUGGUCUCCCUCCUGCUCUGAGCGGCCCCGCGCCCGGACUCCAUCCCCGGACCCUGGACCUUUCCAGCCCAGAAGAUGGUGGGGAGAGCUCUGUGUGGGAUUUUUACCGGUUUAUUUGGGGAGAAACUCCCCCACGCCUCUCGCCGUCCCUUUCGCUCAGCCUCAUCCUUCCGGGGCCUGGGGGUGGAGAAGAGGCCUGGAGUUUGCUCCGAGGGAAACCGUGCUGAGCUAGAUCCCAGCCAGCCCCUCAAGUCCAGUGGGCUCCACCCCUUCCCCGGCCUGCACAAGACCCCAGCAUGUGGUGAGGCCCCUUCCCCUUAACUCAGGAUCAUGAGGGUGGCUCCCAGCCCUCUGCCCCCCAGGCACGGCCUUCUCCCACCACCCUCACGUAGAGGGGACACUGGGCCCGCUGGGCCUCUGCAUGGGGGCCCAAAGAAGUGGGAAGUGACUGUCAAUAAAAGCAGAUA